AUGCAGGUUCAGACUUUCUAUAGCGGUUUGAACCUUGCUAAUAGGCAAAUGGAUGAGCCUGCCAGGAAGGAGCUAGAGCCUGAGGAGAUAGAGCAUGUGAGAGCUGAGGACAAGAAGAAGAGUCCUGUGAGAGAGUACCAGCCACCUAUCCCAUACCCUGCUCGACUGAAGCAAGAAAAGAUGUCGAAGUACGCAAAAUUCUUGAAAGAGAUAUUGAGCAACAUGAUGAAGUUGGAGGACUUGGGAUUGGUGACCCUGAAUGAGGAAUGCUCCGCCAUUCUGCAAAACAAGCUGGCUCUUAAGAGGCAUGAUGCAGUGAGUUUCAAUGUACCCUAUAUUAUUGGUGAAUUACCUAUUAGUGGUGCUUUAGCUGACUUAGGAGCUAGUAUUAACUUGAUGCCUACAAGCUUGUUUGAUAGACUUAGUUUGAGUGAGCCUAAACCCACUAGGAUGAGCAUUCAGUUAGCAAAUAGGACUAUUAAGAUUCCUAGGGGUAUAGUUGAGGAUAUGCUUAUUAAGGGUGAGAGUACUGUGCCAUUGAUCUUAGGUAGGCCUUUCCUUGCUAUAUCUAGGGCUGUUAUAGAUGUUUGUGAUGGGAAGCUCCAACUUAGGGUAGAUGUUGAAACUAUCACCUUUGACUUAGUGACUUCCAUGAGACAUUCUUUAGACCAUGAUGAUAUUGGAGAUGAGAAGGAGUUGUCCAAUGAGCAAGUGCUGGAGCAACUCGCUUAUUUGGUGGCUAGUGAGCGCAGCGAUUCUACUGACUCGUUUAUUUCUCUUGACAAGUCAGAGAUGCAGAAGGUAGAGAGGCUGCCAAUUAUUGUUGCAGCAGGCUUGACUCCUGAGGAGAGGGUGAUGACUUUGUCCUCUCUCAGGAAGUACCCUAUGACCUUUGCAUAUAAGAUUGCUGACAUUCCUAGAAUCCACCCUAGUUUUUGUUCGCACAAGAUCCUGAUGGAGGAUAGUUUCAGGCCAGUAGUGCAGCCACAGAGACGACUUAAGCCGAACAUAAAAGAGGUGGUGAAAAAGGAGGUUGUGCCAAAGAAAGGAAGGAUAAUUGUGAUAAAAAAUGAGAAGGACGAGUUGAUACCGAUUAGGACGAUACCAAUUGCACCUGAGGAUCAAGAGAAGAUAAGCUUUACUUGCCCCUAUGGGACGUUCACAUACAGGAGGAUUUCAUUUGGUUUAUGCAAUGCACCUACUACUUUUCAAAGGUGUAUGAUGGCGAUCUUCCAUGAUAUUAUUGAGGAGUCUGUGGAGGUUUUCAUGACGACUUCUCAGUGUUUGGAGUAUGAUAUAGAGAUUAAGGAUAAAAAGGGCACUGAAAACUUGGCAGCAGAUCACUUAUCGAGGUUGGAGAACCUGAGUUUUGUGGCACUUUAUGAGAAAGCCAUUGAUGAUAGUUUCCCUGAUGAGCAUUUAUAUCAAGUGAUUAGGCGAUGUGUAUAUGGGGAGGAAACUCUCCAAAUCCUUAAGCAUUGCCAUGAGGGACCAACUGGAGGCCAUCAGGCGGCCAAUCAUACUGCUAGGAAGGUGCUAGGUGCAGGAUUCUACUGGCCUACAUUCUUUCAAGAUGCGAGAGCCUCUGUCCAGGUUUGUGAUCCAUGUCAGCAGUCAGGUAACAUCUCUUCCCUUGAUGAGAUGCCCCAAACUAGUAUACAAGUUGUUGAGAUUUUCUAUAUUUGGGGCACCGACUUCAUAGGACCCUUUUCUUCUUCUUAUGGAAAUAAGUACAUACUUGUGGCUGUUGAGUUCUUUUCUAAGUGGCCAGAGGUGCAAGUUUUUCCCACUAAUGAUGCUAAGGUUGUUGCUAGGUUUGGUACACCUAAAGCUUUGAUUAGUGAUAGGGGAAGCGAUUUUUGUAAUACUCAAUUAGAGAAAGUACUUAAACGCUAUGGGGUCACACACUAG